CGGGGACUGGGAGCGCUGUGGGGUUUGAGCCGCUGUUGUUCUGCCUUUCGGUUGUGAUGUGUUCAAAAGUCAUUUAGAGCUAUGGAGUGAGGUGUUUUCUGCUUGUUGUCUCUCCUAGAGCGCAGCCAUGUCGCAGCUCAUGGAGCUACUGAAGAAGGAGGUGAGGUCGCAGCUGCUGGCUGCCAAGGAAGGCCUCAGCCCUGAGCAGCUGGAGCAGGAGUACCUGGCCAUGGUGGGCCGCCCGCUGCCGCUGCGGGAGCUGGGAUUCAGCUCCACCAUGGAGCUGGUGGCCAGCAUGCCCGGAGUGGUCCAGAUCUGCCCCAGAAGCAGAGGCGGGGUUCUCCUCAAAGCUGUUGCCGAUGAGAAGACCAAAGAUAUUUCCAAGCUGAUUUCCAGACAGAAAUCGAGUGGUAAAGCACGGAAUGUUGCUAGGAAGCAAAGAGCUGCUUAUCUCUCUCAAAAUCAACGGGGUUUGCCUCCAAAGGGCAAGAGCCGUGUCCUGCCAGCAGCAGUGAAGAGGGAGCUGCAAGAUCUCUUGAGUUCCUCACCAAUUCUGCUCUUGGAUUUCAAUGAUGCAUAUUAUACACGCUUUAAGCGGACGUUCCAGUACAAACAGUAUGGAUUCUUGUCUAUAUUUGAAGUCUUUGAAAGCAUGUCUGAUAUAAUUACGGUUAAGGAGACAAGAAGAGGUUCCUUGAUAACCCUGAAAAAGGGCUCAUCAAGUAAGAUAGAGCAGGAAAAGAUGCCACAAGUACUCAUGGCUGAGAUGCCUCCUUUGGAACCCAGCUAUGAGACAGAGAUCUUCCAUCAGGCAACAGAAGAAAAGUCAGAACCAGUGGAUGCACAAGCAAUAGGUCUGAGUGAUGGCCUGGAACAAGGGGAAGAGAGAAUGAAUGCUCCCAACACAGAGGAAGUUCUAACCCAGCACCAAGAUUUGGAACAGUCCAGGCUGGACUUAAUGACGGUGACUCCAGACAUCCCUCCGGAUGCAGUUCAGGACAGAAGACUUUGCAGUUUACCUCCACUGGAGACAAGGUGCUUGGUGGGAGUAACUGUGAAUUUAGUAGUCUCUCCCAGUGAGUUCUACAUCCACAUCUACAGUGCAGAAACCUCUGAUAAACUGGGGGAUCUCAUGAUUGAGAUGAGGUGCUGUUAUUCAAGUAAACUUGUUUCUGAUCGUUACAUCAUGCCUGAGUCUUCAGUACAGCCUGGACAGCUUUUCUGUGUAAUGUUCUAGACAAGGUGGUACCAGGUUAUCAUCCACUGUAGAAUCAGUGACCAGGAAGUGGAGGUGUUCUACCCAGAUUAUGGGAACAUGGGCAUUGUCCAAAAGUCUUGGCUGAGAUUCCUCAAAUGGUGCUACUUGAAGCUCCCAGCUCAGGCUAUCCCGUGUUCCUUGGCAUGGGUGAAGCCCGUGGAGGAUACGUGGACCAGUGAAGCAACUCUCCAAUUCCAGGAGCUGUGUUACUCAAAGGUCCUUGUGGGUAUUGUGGAUGAAUACGUGAAUGGCAUUUUGCAUCUCUUUCUGUGCGACACAUCAUCUGAGGAAGAUGUCUAUGUUCACUCUGUCUUGAAGGAUAAGGGAUAUGCUGACAUCUGCAAAGAGAACUUACAUUCCCAGGGGUUCAAGGAAUUGAAUCCUUUAGCCUUGUACGUUCAGUCCAGUGCAAAGCAGGAAAGUGCUGAACUGGCGGGGCCAGAUCUUUGCUUGCAGCAGGAUUCUCUAGGUGCAGAUAAUGAAGCAUCAAGCUCCAGACUGGACAGGGAGGAACUGUGUAAUCAGCAACAGAACCUGUGCACAGAGGAGAAAUGGGAUGAUGUGCAGCCACUUCCAGAUGAAGUGAAUGACCCCAAAACAACAGACCAAGACCCCGAAUUCACACAGGAGGAUACAAAUAAAACUUCUACUGACCUUAUGGCAGUGGUUAAGACACCUCAUCCUCUUGGAGAGUCCUUAAGGCCUACUGUCUUCUUCAAGUCAUUGGAAGACUACUUCUCCUUCCUCUAUGUCAAGCAGCCAGCAGAAAUGAGCCAAAAUGGCCCUAAUAAUAUAGAAGGAUUUUCCAGCAAAGCCCAGACUUGUGAAGUUCUACAUGCCUCUCUUCUGCUUAUGGCAGCACCAUUUAUGCUGGACAACCGUAACAAUGAUGAGAAAAUGAAGAACAAAGACCUUCCUGAGGAUCUUGCACUUGUCCAGCACAGAACCAGCGCACUGUCUGAGCAAGAAGUGUCCUGGAAGCUCUAUGUCCCUCCUACCACGUUGUCUGCAGUGUUGGCAACUGCUGCACGCUUGGCCACUUGGCGUGGUUACUUCCACUGGCUCCCAGGCCCAAGAAAGAAGCUGUAAGAAGAGGUGAGAGAAGCAGAUGGAGCUGCUGCUGAGGAGGGCUCCACGGAGCAGUGAAACAUUACUGUGCUGUUGUUCUUUUAAUUAAAAAGCACUUAAUCAUUUGAAAAACUUGUGUGACAUCUCA